AUGUUAAAUGAAUCGAUGGACCAGUGUGUAUUAGUAAAAGGAUGGUCGUCACGAUCAGGCUGGGGAUUUCCAAAAGGAAAAAUAAAUUACGAUGAGCCGGAUACUAUAUGUGCCGCACGAGAGGUAUUAGAAGAAACAGGAUAUGACAUAUCCCCACUCAUAAAAGAAAAAGACUACGUAGAGAUAACAAUACGCGAACAACGAAUACGAUUGUACAUAGUGGUCGGAGUGCCACGAGAUACAGAAUUCUGUCCAAGAACUAGAAAAGAAAUUAGUAAAAUCGAAUGGCACAAGUUAUCCGAGUUACCCACAUGGAUCCGUAGCAAAGAUAAAGAGUCACCUUAUAAUUGCGGUGGUGGGUGUGUUAAAUACGGAAGUAGUAGAUUUUAUAUGGUGGUCCCGUUUGUAAGUAUCAAUAAUUCUGCUGCAGCAGAAGACGAUGAAGAUGACGAAGAAAAUCCGGAAUAUGAUGCUGCAGAAUUCUCUAGUAAUAAUAUUAAUGGUGAUCAGAGAUCAUCAUUAAUACCAGUUUCUGAACAAAUACUCUACUCGGAAAAUUCAAUCAACGGGACUGAAGAAGAAAGUGAAGAAGGAAGUAGUGGUAAAG